CUUAAUUGGUAGUCGAGAUUUGGACCUUAAAAUCGAAAGAACGUUCUUCGUGGAGAGUGGACGAUAUGUGAAAGCGGUGUGUAGGCACGUUGUGUUUUUCUUUUUUAACAUAUUUUGUCUGAAUUUUUGUUCGUUACUUGUUGUUGUUGUGUUGUUUUUAUUUCUUAAAUUUUCCAUUUGUGGAUUUUCCAGUGUAUAUAUAGAUUUAAAAAUAAGAAAUAAUAAGAAAAUUUGCAUAAAGUUGAAAUCUUUUCCAAAGUCAAGGAAAAAAGAGGAAGCAAAGCUUUUUAAAAAAAUUAUAUUUCAAAUCCAAUUUUCUUAUGAAAACAAGUUAAAAAUCUCAAAUGUUUCUUUAUUGAAAGAAUUUGUGUCUCAAAAAUAUUUGUAUAUCUUAAAUAUUUUAAUUAACUGCAUUAAAAAUAAUAAAAUAAUCAAAUAUCUUCUGGUCUUGUAAAGAAUCAAAAGUCCAAUUUAAAAAUAAAAAGCAGAAAAAUAAUUGAAAUAAGUGCAACUAGAGAAAUAUUUCAAAAGAGAAAGUGUAUAUGUGUUUGUGAUGCUGAUGCUGUGAUGCAGCGAUGCUGGUUGGACCAUUGCAAUUUUUUCUGUUGAAUGCAGCACCAGCAGCAACAGCUCCAGCUCCACUCAGCAGCUUGUUGCACUCUACUCAGUUUUUCGUAUAAAGGGGAAUGCAAUUAAUACAAGAAAAAUAAAAUUAAAAAGAAAAUUGAAAAAUAAAAGAAAAAAGAAAUAAAUAAAAGUAUCUCAACUCUACUCGCUACUUGCUCCUCCUCGCAUCCAUGGCUGAUUGUUGGAAUUAAAAGAUACAUGUUUCGCCAAUUGGUUUUACACACAGUUCAAAACGAAAAUUCUGUUAUUUGCGUAGUGUCAAAUACGUGAUUCUUUUGUUUGGAUCUUUAGUUUUGUAUUUUUAGUACGUUGCAUUUGUUUUUGUUUUUAAUGGAUAUUAUUGCCGACAUGGACUUCUUGUGGACUUAAUAAAAGAGUGAUUCAAUAACGACAGUUCAAAGAAAUAAACAUGAAAUUCCCAAUAUCAUUUCGGGAAAUGGAAAUGGAUAAAAGCAAACAAGAAUGAACGACGGCUAUGAAUCAUUCCAUGGUUGCAACCAAUGGCAAUCAACUAAGUCCAGUGGGAUCCACUGGACAUCACUUAGUUCAAAGCACCCCGGCAUCACCAUUGCAUCAACAGCAGCAGCAGCAACAACAGCAGCUUCUUCUCCAACAAUCAUCAUCAACAACCAAAGUCUCAGCAUCAACAAAAUCAAAUCAUGGUUCGCCAUCUGUAACCGGAGUCUCAUCAUUGCAUUCCCCAUCAUCAGCAGCAGCAGCAGCAUUAUCUGCCUCAGCAUCUUUGUCUCCACAAAUAACACACUCAUCAUCAUCGUCAUGCAGUUUGAAUGCAAGUCAAGCGAAUUGGUCGAAAAAUAGUUCAAUUUCAACGUCUGCAAUUUUUAGAAGCGGGUGUUCCCGAACAGCAGCAGCCUUAUCGACGACUACGACGACGACGCCUACAGCGACAGCGGCGGUGAAUUCCUCUUCCAGUGCAAUUUUAAACGGAAAAGUUCCCACCGUAGCCACAUUUAGUUUAAAUAGUAGUAAUAGUUGUAGCCAUAUUAACAAUAGUAACAAUAAUAAUAAUAAUAGUGCCAAUAGCUUAAUUGUGGCUAACAAUAAUAACAUUAGCGGCAAUAGUGGGAACAGCAAUACGAAUAGCAACAGCAGCAAUAUGCCUGGACGACAUAGUUGGGAUCCUGGACGAAUUGGUGUGGAACAUCUGGCGGGGGCUUUGAGUCCCUUUUGCAUAACUGACGCAAACCACGAAAUCGUUCGACCAAAGCCAAGAAGACCAUCUGGAAGCACAAGAGUAGACAUACUGCCCUUUAAUUCAUCAUCACAAUCAAAUUCACAAUUGGCAGUGAAUAUAAGUUCUGGCAACUUGAAUGCGUGCGGUGGUGUAACAUCACCCACGAAUCUUCAACCUCCCGAUCUAACUGCUUCGACGACAAAUUGCAGUGUAGGAGGUCUUUCAUCUGGACGCAUUCAAAGUCCAGCUGUAGCAACACCAGCACCUAGAAUUUCAAAGGAAGUGGCGCAACGGUUAGCUGCAGCUGGAAAUCAAUCAAGUCCAAAUCACCAUGAAUCAAUCGAUGGUUAUUCGCCAAAUAACAAAUUAGCCUCUGGAAAUAGUGUAAAUGCAACAAAUGCGAUUGAGCGUGACCAUCAUCCGAGUAAAUUGGGAAAUAGUGGUGGCGGUGGUGGAGGAGUGGGAUAUCAUUUGGGGCAGUCUAAGCCUGUUCCGCAUCGUUCAGUUGCUGGUCCGGCACGCCUAACAGCACAGAGUACACCGGUAAAGUCGCAGCCUCCCAUGAUAAGCGGCAGUCUUUCCAGUCAGAAUAAAACCCAUUGUGAGAGGGUAAUUGAUAACCUACACGCUUCACAGAAACAGAACCUCGGAACAAGGACACACCAUCAUGAGUUCAGAGGUCUGCAGAGGGUUCAGGAAUGCCACAGUUCGUCGGACGAGAAUCGAUCAUCGGGACAUGCGAGCAUGUCGGAUACUGGCGGCCAUGGAAGCAGCUCACCAGGUGGAGCUCUAGGUCCACUGCCUGAAGAUCGAUUAGCAGCUGGCGUCACAAACCGCAGUACACGAUCGAGAGCAAGCACGAACCACUCUCGUUCCCGACAUCGUGCAACUCCGGCUAAGGUCCCUUGGGGAGGCAGUGGACUGGAGGACAUCAAACUUGCCAUUCAGCAGCUUACAAUGCGUUCUCAGACCAGCACCAGCACAUAUAGCAGCUUGAGUGCAGGUUCAGAGAGUUCAGAGCCUGCGAGAAGACUCGGUCGAUACUCAUCACUAGAAACGGUCAACACAAACGUCACAAGUGCCGAUGAGUUCGUUUGGGUUGACUCCCACAACCGCUUGGUUGAGCUGCAACAUCCUCCCUGGAGUCAACACUGCAUAUUGAGGGUUAUCCGGAACGGCCGCUGCAAGGAACACUCUGAGAGAGUAUCGAUUGAGGCUGUUCCCAGAUUAGGAUACCUGCUUCAGCGUGCUUUGGUGAGGAUUGCACGAGAAGUCCAGAGGCUUUCGUCGAAUCUGGGACUAUGCUCCAAGCAGGAGAUAGCCGGUGCUUUCAAAGUGGUUCUAUGUCCCGGAUUAGCAGACUCUUGCAUUAAAGCCUGCCUCCGUGCAGCAGCAAUGUUUGCAGUUCCUGGAGAAAGUGCUCUCAAGCAAAGUAAGUCCUCGCGGGCUGGUUUGCAGCUGCCUGUUGGACGCUUUCACCGAUGGAUGGCGGAUGCACGACUGGGAAAGUUCAUUCACGAAUAUGCCGCUGUGUAUUUAUGUGCGGGAAUGGAGAACCUCUUGGAAGAAAUCCUCCUCCAGUGUUUUUCUUCGGAUGCAAAUGCAGCCCUAACUGCAACUGGCUUGGAACAGGCCAUAGCCAGCUCUGGUGAUUUAUGGGGCUUACUACAACCAUAUGCCCAUCUCAACGCUGGACGAGUUGCAUCUGGUGCUUUGACUAUGCCACGAUGGGCAAGUCAAACUUCGAUAGGCUCAGGGUCACAUCAAAAUCCAAGCGUAAGUUCUAGCCUGGAGCCGUGUCUGCUCACUACGUGUGUAGGAAGCAUAACUGAACUGAAAGAUCUGGUCUCGAGGGCCCAGCAAAAGUUCCAACACACUGCAUUCUCGAACUCAGCUAUAACAGCUUUGUUCUACUUCAUGAGAUGCUCGCAGUUGGAACACAGUGAAGUAGGCAGCUCAACCACUUCUACAACAAAUACUCAAGAACUAUGUUAUGAAAGAGCAUACGUAGUUCUCCCACCCUUGGUCGAGUGGCUGAGGGUCUCUUCGGCACAUGCAGAAUACCGAAAUGCAAUAAUGAUCGACAAGGACGACAUUAUGCAAGCGGCCAGGCUCCUCUUACCUGGGGUUGAUUGUCCAACUCGGGAGGUUGGUCGAGACGAGGAGCUGCCUUCGAAAAAGACUCAUUUUGGACAUAGCUCCACUUCGGUGAGUGGGAGCUCGAGUGAAGACACUACCGACCUAGGCCGUCGUGCAACCCUCGCACUUGCCUUCAAACUUAUGCUGACGGGAAGAGCGGACUUACUUGCCCAAGCCUCGACUCUUUUGCCCCCUACGACGAGAUAUGACACACUGAAUCAUGUGGGGAUGUCAGCGCUGAUGAUCGCCAGCAUACGAAACGACGAUAUAGCUAUUCAGGCUCUUCUCGAUGCCGGUUGUGAUCCAAACAUCGAAGUACCAGCGGUGAGCUCACCAGGUGGUGCAGCUAUUCAUCCUGAUACUCAACAUUGGACAGCUGUGACAUUUGCCGCAUGUAAAUCAAAUUUCCAAGCUUUGCGUAUGCUCCUCGAUAGAGGUGGCAAAGUUGAAGGCGGUGCUCGUCUGAGUGAAGACAAAUCGACGCUAACCCCACUUCAGGUAGCUUGUGGAUCGGGAAAUCUUGAGGUGGUAUCACUCUUGCUGGCUCACGGAGCACACGCAUUCUUAUCAACUCAACAAAAAGACUCAAUGUGUUUUGCAAAUUCUGCUCAACGUGGUUGCUAUUGUGCAAUAUCGGUGGCGGCUGCACACGGCCAAAGGGCUUGUCUGCGGAAGCUUCUAUCACACCCACUGGCACCAGGAAGUCGGGAAGUUCUGUCACUGGAGGAAAUGUUAGCUGAAGGUGAUAGCAGUGGUCGAGCAGGUGCUGAACGUCAACAGGAUGUUCCACCAAGUUUGAACAAAACUCAAAUCAAAAGUCUCCAGGAAGCAAUGUACCACAGUGCCGAAAAUAAUCAUCUAGAUAUUACCGUUGAACUACGUGCUCUUGGUGUUCCUUGGACACUACACUGUUGGAUGCAUGCUCUAGCUGCUGCCCAUGAGCUCAGACUAGAUGCAGUCAUUGAUCAACUGCUCCAGGACUUUCUGCAAGUAUGUCCCGAUGACUACAGUCCACAAUUCGUUUCGGAAUGUCUUCCCCUGCUGUUCAACAUAUUCCGAUACAGUAAAAAUGAAGGAACAACUUUGCUUCUAGCUGACAUCUUUGCAACAUGUUUCGGCUGGGAAGCUAUAAAGUCCAUAAAAGAACCAAUUCUUCAACCCGUUAAUAGUUCGAGAAUUGAUCCGAAAUUUGUAAAUAAUCCAGAACUUAGUGAUGUUACAUUCAGAGUUGAAGGGAAAAUAUUUUAUGGCCACAAAAUAGUAUUAGUGACGGCAUCCCCACGUUUCCAGAAUAUGCUCAGUUCAAAGUUGAGCGAUGGCAAUGCCCCGACCGUCCAAAUCAAUGACAUUCGAUAUCACAUCUUCCAAUUGGUCAUGCAAUAUCUAUACAGUGGAGGUUGUAAUAAUCUGGAAGUCUCUCACAACGAUGUCUUGGAACUUAUGGCAGCUGCAAGCUUCUUUCAAUUAGAAGGCUUACUGCGGUACACCGAGGCAAGGUGCUCAGAAAUGAUUGAUAUUGAUAAUGUCGUUGCAAUGUAUAUUCAUGCAAAGGUUUAUAACGCCAGCAAACUUAUGGAAUAUUGUCAAGGAUUUCUUUUACAAAAUAUGGUUGCUCUAUUGACUUAUGAUGAUUCAGUUAAAAGAUUACUCUUUGCAAAGAAAAUUCCAAAUCAUGAUGUUUUAUCAGGACUUUUGAUGACCUUACAGGCAAGAAUAAAAAAUCGUAAGCCUGGUUCGACGAGUUUCUCAAGACCACAAAUAAGUUCACCAUCAGCAGCUGCAGCAUUGAAAAUGUCACCUCAAAGUGGAGCUAAAAAAUAGAUAAUCAAACAAUAAUAAAAAAUAAGUUGAAUUUGUGUUCUUUUUUUAAGAAUCUUAAAAGUCAAACUUGAAUGAAAAAGUAAAACUGAAAAACAAGAAAACA